UUGCUGUACCAGAGUAGGAAUCACUGAGGCCCGAAUAUGAGCACAAGAUAGUGCCUACAACACUUGCCAGAAGAGGCCCCUUUCCCUCAUCCUUUCCGCUGCAGUGGAAGUCUCCAGUUUAGGUAAAUAAAAGGAUUGUGGGGCAAAAACUACCAUUUCCAGCAUGCAUUGCGGAUCAAAAGGCCUUUGUCACAGUGUUCCUUGGAAACUGAUGGAGAGGAGCUUCCCACACCGGCAGGGGGCACGAUUCUAGCGGCAAUCCAGUUGAUAGGCUGCAAUGCUUCGCACGCUUAUACACGUCAACAGAUAUGGAUUGGAGAGUUAUGUUUUCGUAUCAUGAGAGCGGAGAAUAAGCUAAAGAACCUACAAGUCCUAGGAAGACUACAAUUCCCACCCAGCCCCGGAAGUCUCGGGUAAAUAGUCCUCUAAGCCCCAUAGCAUGGAACCACAGGUUACUCUAAAUGUGACUUUUAAAAAUGAAACUCAAAGCUUUCUGGUUUCUGAUCCAGAAAAUACAACUUGGGCUGAUGUGGAAGCUAUGGUAAAAGUUUCAUUUGAUCUGAACACUAUUCAAAUAAAAUACCUGGAUGAGGAAAAUGAAGAGGUAUCCAUCAACAGUCAAGGAGAAUAUGAAGAAGCACUUAAGAUGGCAGUCAAGCAGGGAAACCAACUGCAGGUGCAAGUCCAUGAAGGCUACCACGUUUUUGAUGAAGCCCCACCCCCAGCUGUAGCAGAAAAACAACCGGUUGCCAGGGCGGGGAAGAAGCCACUUGCACAUUAUUCUUCACUGGUGAGAAUCUUGGGAUCAGACAUGAAGACCCCAGAGGAGCCUGCAGCACAGCAGUUUCCACUUGCUCCAUGUGACACAGACCAACCUCAAGACAAGCCCCCAGACUGGUUCACGAGCUACCUGGAGACAUUCAGAGAGCAAGUGGUUAAAGAAACGGUUGAGAAGCUUGAACAGAAAUUACAUGAGAAGCUUGUCCUCCAGAACCCAUCCUUGGGUUCUUGUCCCUCAGAAGUCUCAAUGCCUGUAUCAGAGGAAACACUGUUUUUGCCAGAAAACCAGUUCAACUGGCAUAUUGCUUGCAGCAGCUGCCAAAGGAGGAUCUUUGGUGUGCGCUACCAGUGCAGCCUCUGCCCAUCCUACAAUAUCUGUGAAGAUUGUGAAUCAAGACCAUAUGCCCACGACUCCAACCAUGUCCUGCUCAAGUUGCGGAGACCUGUUGAGGGUUCCUCUGAACCGUUCUCUCACUCAAGGCUUUCUACUCCUCGUCUUCCUGCUGCUCUGGAACAAGCCAGGCUCCAGAAACAGGUUGACAAGAACUUUCUUAAAGCAGAAAAGCAAAGGUUGCGAGCUGAGAAGAAACAGCGUAAAGCAGAGGUCAAGGAACUUAAAAAGCAGCUUAAACUCCACAGGAAGAUUCACCUAUGGAAUUCGAUCCAUGGACUCCAGAGCCCCAAGUCUCCUUUGGGCCGACCCGAGAGCCUGCUGCAGUCUAACACCCUGAUGCUCCCUUUGCAGCCCUGUGCCCCAGUUAUGCCAACCCUCAGUGCAGCAUUUGUGGAUGAGAAUUUGCCUGAUGGGACUCAUCUUCAGCCAGGAACCAAGUUUAUCAAACACUGGAGGAUGAAAAAUACGGGAAAUGUAAAGUGGAGUACAGACACAAAGCUCAAGUUCAUGUGGGGAAACCUAACUUUGGCUUCUACAGAAAAGAAGGAUGUUUUGGUUCCCUGCCUGAAGGCCGGCCAUGUGGGAAUUGUGUCUGUGGAGUUCAUUGCCCCAGCCCUGGAGGGAACGUACACUUCCCAUUGGCGUCUUUCUCACAAAGGCCAGCAGUUUGGGCCUCGGGUCUGGUGCAGUAUCAUAGUGGACCCUUUCCCCUCCACGGAGAGCUCUGAUAACAUUGAAAGGGGUAUGAUCAGCUCAAGCAAAACUGGUGAUCUCACCUGCGAGCAAGAGGAAGCUUUUCUUCUGGCUAAAGAAGAAAUUCAGCUUGGUGAAGAAACUGAGCAGUCAGAAGGGACAGGAACCUGCAUCUCACAGAAGACAAAAAAUGUUGCCAGCGACAGGGAGCUCUACAUCCCAUCUGUGGACCUUCUGACUGCCCAGGAUCUGCUGUCCUUUGAGCUGUUGGAUAUAAACAUUGUCCAAGAGUUGGAGAGAGUGCCCCACAACACUCCUGUGGAUAUGACUCCCUGCAUGUCUCCUCUGCCACAUGACAGUCCUUUAAUAGAGAAGCCAGGCUUGGGGCAGAUACAGGAAGAGAGUGAAGGGGCGGGAUUUAAAGCACUUCCUGAUUCCACAGUGUCAGUAAAGAGGAAGGCUGACAAUCUCGCUUCCAUGGAGGAGUCAGAAGAUGACCUGAGUGGGACCCAGUUCGUGUGUGAGACUGUAAUCCGAUCCCUUACCUUGGAUGCCGCCCCUGACCACAACCCACCUUGCAGACAGAAGUCACUGCUCAUGAAAUUUGCCUCACCUGAAGAGGGACCACUUGGAGACGAGAGGGAGGAGAUUGUUCAUAUUGCUGAGAAAGAAGCUGUCAUGGAGAAGGAGGAAGAAGAAGAAGAGGAGGAUGAACUCAAAGAUGAAGUUGAGAGUCAGUCCUCUGCUUCCUCAGAGGAUUACAUCAUCAUCCUGCCUGAGUGCUUUGACACCAGCCGCCCCCUGGGGGACUCCAUGUACAGCUCCGCGCUCUCAGAGCCAGGCCUGGAGCGAGGGGCUGAAGGCGAGCCUAGGGUCGAGGCUGGGCAGGAACCAGUCGAGGCGGAGAGACCCCCUGGAGGGGAGAACCAGCCGCAGGGGCACAGCAUCAAUGACAUCCUCAUGACCUCACAGACUCUGGACACAGUGCCCCUAACCCCAGAGGUAGUGGGGCCUCCACCUCGGCUGCCCAGGAGCCCUCCUCGUGCACAGCGUCAUGGCUCCCCAGGAGUGGAUUUACCAGUUACCACACCAGAAGUGUCUUCAGUCCCUGAUCAGAUCAGAGGAGAGCCCAGAGGCUCAUCAGGACUUGUAAACAGCAGACAGAAGAGCUAUGACCACUCAAGGCACCACCACCAUGGGAGCAGUAUUGCUGGAGGACUGGUAAAGGGGGCUUUGUCUGUUGCUGCCUCUGCAUACAAGGCCUUGUUUGCUGGGCCACCAGUCACUGCACAGCCAAUAGUUUCCGAAGAUCAGACAGCAGCCCUGAUGGCCCAUCUCUUUGAAAUGGGAUUCUGUGACAGGCAGCUGAACCUGAGGCUGCUGAAGAAAUACAAUUACAACAUCCUGCAGGUUGUCACAGAACUCCUUCAGGUCAACAACAACGACUGGUACAGCCAGCGCUAUUGAGGAGUGACCAUGUAUUAAAUAACUUUGCCUGCUGCUCGGAGAUGAUCUUUAUUCUGUCAUUGGGGUGCAGGGUAGAAGCCCUUGUUUAUUUUUUAAUCUGAUGAAUCUGUAUAGAGCCCAUCACUGAAUUAUCAAGACGAUACCUGUAUUACAGUAUUUUUUGGAGCAAAUCAAAGACCAGAAUGUAAGUUUUCACUUUAGACAUUGGAUGAAUAGUAGGAAGACAGCUUUUCAAUUUUUUUGGAUAAAACUCCUUUCUCCAUUUUAGUGCAUUGGAGUAUAACUUGAACUUUCUAUAGACCCGUUUUCCUUUCUGCUUGUAUUGAAGUUGAGUAUUUUUCUUGGUUAAUGUGGAUGUUUUUAUGGGGUUAUGUGUUGUCAGUUUUUUAAAGAAAUUAACCCUGAAAGUUGUUUUGAAGAAUUAACUCUCAUUCUUCGAUGUCCAUUGAUGCAUUUAAGAAUAUCUACCUUCUGGGUCUCUGCACUUCAGUGAAAGAAGUGGGAGUGUGCUAAUUAAACCAACAGUAGUGGCAUUGAGCAGGGUCUGUUGUAGUAAUUUUGCAUACAUUUUUCUUUUAUUUAAGGGAAAAAAUUUAGGUAGUGUAAGAUAUUUUGCUAAUCUUACAGAGAAAGAAAAAAACUUAACAGGAAAAAGCAAAUUUAACAGUUACCUUUUUUCUUACAUCAGGACAGAUCUUAUUUGCAGUAGAGUCGGGGGAAAUAGAAACGUGACAAGUGAAAGGCAGGCUUCUGUGUUAAUGUCAGAAAAGCUCAGGGGUGGGCAAACGAGUGUGCAUGAGGCAUAGGAAAUCGUGAUGACUUCCUGAAUGUUUGAAAUCUGUUCAAGGCUUUCUAGAACCCUGGAGUCUAGAACAGGAAGAAGCUGGUGUUUUGCAAAACUUAGAUGGGGGCAAAUACUGAAAAGUUUUGGUUUAUCCCCAGGAUGAGCUUGCUUCCAGGGGUGCAGGUCCUCACUCUGUUUACAGAAGAGAGUCUUGGGUACAGUUGGUGAAAGAAGAGAUUACAAAAAACACUAGAGGGUAUGUUCAUGAAAAUGACUUCCAGAAAAAGAAGAAUCUGACCCCCAGCCCGAAGGGGGAAGGAUAGUAAAAUAGUAUUAUUUAACCUGGUUGGUAUUUAUAAUGAAUGAAUUUAAUCAUUAGCCAUAAUGUUUAUUUACAGUAUAACACUCGAAUGCUAUUAAAUAAGCCAGGAUUCAGACUGCAAGCCAACCAGGCUGUUCAUUAUUUAAAACGUUUUUAUCUGGGCUUCUGGGUAGAGGUUGAGGGGCAGGAUGAGUGUAAUUAAUUGGAUUGAUGUGAGGCGGGACCUGUCUUGACCAUCUGAGUUGUAUUGUAGGGGUCCAGGAGGGCCCUGGAGUCCGAUCAUCCGUGUCGUUGUACUUGUACAUAACCGCUGAAAGAAUGGUGAAAUAAAGGUUCUUUGAAACGCC